UUCUGUUGUCAGUAAAUAUCUAGCGAAUGCCGGUUUUUUGCAUUUUGAUGUGAUGUGUGGUUAUAAAGUAGCAGACAAAUGUAUGAAAUAAGCCAAAUUGACAACAAAAUUACAUUAAGUGAAGGAUUACAACAAUAAUGACUGCGACAGCUGUGUAUAAUUAUAUGAAAAUGCAAAAUAGACCUUACAGCGUGAAUGACGUAGUCACGAAUUUACACAAUGAACACAGUAAAAAUGCAGUUCAAAAAGCUAUGGAUGAAUUGGUGACAAAUGGAAAAUUGUUUGAAAAAGUUUAUGGCAAACAAAAAAUAUAUUGUAUCAUGCAAAAUUCACAGUAUGACACUGAUGAGUUAAUGAGGAUUGACAAGGAAUUACAAAGUCAUGCUAAUGAGAUCGAGAGUAAAUAUCAGGAAGUCGUGAAAGAAGUAAAAGAACAGGAGGCACUUUUAGCUUCUCUAAAGUCAAGUUUGACACUGGAAGAUGUUCAAAAAGAAAAGAUUACUCUGCAGGAAAAUGUAAAACAGUUAACACGUAAAUUGGAUAACUUGAUGGAAAAAAGUGGUUCUGAAAAUUUGCAAGAGUCUAAACGAAAGGCACAGGAGAGUCUUGAUGAAUACUCACAUGAAUAUUUGAAAAGAAAAAAGAUAUGUGUUGAAAUACUAGAUUGCAUUUUGGAAAAUUAUCCUGGUAACAAAGAGGAGCUAUAUGAGGAAAUAGGUAUAGAUUCAGCGACUGUAUAA